AUGGAAGAUGAUGUCCGAUCAUCAAUGCCGUCGGCUCGGCGGCGCCUUCGUCUUUAUUUCCACUCCCGUCUCAGUUGGGUUGGGUUGGAUGGGUUCUCUUCGUUGGCGGCCAACGUAGACCCACAGUUCACCUUCUACCCAUAAAUAAAUAAAUUCUUAUGUAUGCACGUAUGUAUCUAGAGAGAGAAAGAGAGAGAGAGAGAGAGCACUGUAAAGAGAUAGAGGACGAAGGGGUGAGGAGGGAAGGAAGAUGUAAUCCAACUCGGUGCGGAAGCCAUGUGAGCUUUUCCCAGUCAGAGCGGAGAUUAUCAAAUCAGGUCUUCUAUCCAAGGAAGAGCGAGCAUUAAUUAGAUCCGGCGGUGGGCGGAGGGGGACGAGCCUCCAUAAAGUUAUUGUUGUUGAGAUGUCGCGGACAGUUUGUCCAGCCGCCGCCGGCCUCCUUGUCUCGUGAAGGACGACGAUAUCCUCCGCCGACGGCCCUCCGCUACUCUUGGCUCCUCGCCGGGCCGUCCAGAAGAAAACGACGGCGAACGGCAAAAACACCGGCGACCCAAGAGAAUUAUCCCCAUGGAAGGAGCAGGAGCAAGAAGGGGAGAGUGACAAACUUCCCCCGAGCUCUCUUUGCUCCUGCGGAUUUCGUACUCGUCUUCUUUAUGCCGAGUGGGUCAGCGUGAGGAAGAAGCUGGACAGUGGCCACGAGGCCAGUUCCCUCCCGUCUCAUUCUCAAGUGCGGAAGUUAGAACAUCCCCAUCUCUCUCUCUCUCUCUCUCUCGAUCACCCAACUUCGUCCUGCAUAGAACCGAGGGGGGGCGGGCACGAGGUCAAAGGGUGGAGCAAUCAGUGUGUUGAUUUUGGGGCCCACAGCCUAGGAUCCCGCCACCCGGUUCGAUGGGCCAAAGUGGGCCUUCUGAAGAGACGGACCCAAGAGAUUCCUACUGCCCCCCCCCCAACACAUUAAAGGUCGCAUUUAAAGCUCGGCAGCCCAGGAUUGGAUCCCAUUUCUGGUACCGAGUCCGUGAUACAAAAUGAUUCACAUGUAAGCGUUUUAUUAUACUAGAAACUGUGCCGGAUUAUUGCUUAUUAUUAUUAUUUUAACUCUUGAGUUCGGCUUGGCCUAUUCGUUCAAGAUCCUCCGUUCGGGGUUAGGAAAGAAAGAUCUAAGGAGACGAAUGAUAUGCUGCCACAAGGGUUUUGAAAAAUAUUGCAAGGGCAUUGAGGGAUAAUCGAUUUUCAGUCAAUGUUGGUAGAUUUGAUUUGGAUUGUCGGAUUUUGGGUCAACGUGAGUUUAAUGGAUUUCAAGUCGAAAGAUGGAGAAAGUGUUCAAAGUUAAGCACUGGUUCUCUGUGUUGAUGUGAUAUUUUUAUAUUUUAAGAUAAAUAUGUAUUUAUGAUAAUAUUGCAACCCUUACCACAACGAAUUAUAUGAAAAAAAAAACCCAAUAGAAAUAAAUUUGAAAGAAGAGAGAUUGUAAUAAUAAAAUAUUAAAAUUAAUGGUUUAUGUAGUCCUCAUUGUUAUUGUCUUUAUGGUCCAUGUUUGGCUCGUUGUGCCGACUUUAAUGUUAUAUCUAUUUAUGAAUAAUUUAUUUAUAAAUAAUACUUUAAUAUUCCUGUCAUAGGUAUUCAAUGGAUUAGUUGAAAAGUCUCAUUAACAUGGACGUAAAAUCUUAAAAAACUUGAGCUGAGUUGUUUAAAAAAAAUUCCAUUAAUUCAGAUCAAGGUGGAGAAAAUCCUGAUUUAUAAUUAAUAAAAAAUAUUUAUAAAUAAAUAUAACAUUGAAGUAUCCUUAAUGCAAAUAGAAAAUUGAGUGACAAGAUUACUGAUAGGAAUAAGAAGGAAAUGGAUAAAUAAAAAAUGGAGUUAUUUUCCUAGGAUUAUCGGUUCGUGAUUAACUUGUAUAAGUUUUUUUUUUAAAGAGAGUUUUUUUUCCAUUAUUUUUGUAACUAUAUUAUUGAAAUAAAAUCGACGGAAUUAAGGUUAAUAACUGUUUUUGAAAGGCGAACGAGAUUCCUGAAUCCUGAUUUGGCCGCCUGAUUCUCUGCGCCGUUCUGAUAGGCCCCCAUCUGCCCAAAUUAGAGCUGGCGGAUCAUCGCACAUGGAUGGGCCCCUCCAAGGUUCGAUAACAUGGACUAGCCAGACGCUCUUGAGACGUCCACGGGGGUCUUAGCUGGGCGCCCUGGCCCACUCCCUUUCCCCUGCCUUCUUCCCCGUUCGGCUUCCGAUCCAAAACCCUAAUUUGGCCCAGCGGCGGUGCCCCGAAGGAGAAGGUACUCAUGGGGGACUCCGUCGGAAGUCCUCGUCCAGUGAAAAGCCGCAGCCAGACGACGUGCAGCCCGAAGCAGCAAUCAUGGUGAGAGCUGCUUUGCGGCUCUUCUGAAAGAAUAUCCAACGCGGUGUUUGAUCGUCGGUUGUGCGGUCCCCUUCGGCGUUGAAAGGCCUCUCUCUCCCUCUCCCCCGUGGAAGUUUACCCCGGGGGGCGGAUGAUCGACGAAGGGUGGAAUACCGGAGAGAAAAGGGGGGAGAAGCUGUAAAGGCCGUCGGUCUGACAGGCCUGCAAGGACAGCUGGAUUGCUGUCGGAACCCUGAACCAUAGCCCGCGGCGGAGCUUUCAGAUGUCAACGUAGAGGGCUACGGUGGGCCAGACCCUCCAGGAGAGGAUUAUUGCCGCUGGGCGGAGGCGUUCCGCCGGGAAGUCAAAUUCUACCGGCGAACCUGCUGAGCUGUCGGGACGGCACAUUUUACCCCCAUCGGUCAGACCCCGGCGGUGGAAACAGAUCCAGAUCGGUGCAGAGGAGGAAGACGAUCCGAAAACACAGGAGGAACCUCGAUAGCAUAUUUUUAUUGAGCAAUAUGAUUUGAUAUCUCUUUACACUCUUCUCUGUUCUUCUUCUUCUUCUUCUUCCUUGUCGCUCCAGAUGAAUCACGGAAUACAGAAAGGGGGAACAAAAUGAGAAAAAAAUAAAAUGCAACAAUGUGUGUGUAAUUCACAACAGACCCGUUGUGGCAGUCCCCGCCGCGGCAGGAACCCGGAUCGCAAAAUCGUACCUUGAUCAUCCGGUUGCCCUGCUCCCCGGCAGGUCCAGGGAUCUUAUUUUUUUUAUGUAACACUUAAUCGACGGAGUAAUUAUCAUACACUUGAUGAUCGGAGAAGAUGACGACAAUGGUGAUGACAGAAUGGCGACGAUGAUAACAGUAAUCUACAGUCCCGCCUCCCCCGAGUUGCUCUUCCUACCCUUCUCAUGUCGCCGCCGAUAGGGAGGAGUCCUCCGUGUCGUCGGCGGCGUCCCCAGCCACCCUUUGGGUCUCGGAGGUGGAGGAGGAGGAAGAAGAAGAAGAGGAGGCGGUGGUGGCUGAGGAGACGGGGAUCUUGAUGCCGUGGUAGUCGACGUACCACUUGACGAACUUGCGGAGGCCGGUGGCGAGGUCGGUGGUGGGUUGGUAGCCGAAGUCCCCGUGGGCGAGGCUUACGUUGGCGUGGGUGUAGGGGACGUCCCCAUUAGCGGGCAUCCGCACGAUGUUCUUCUUGGCCUUCACCCCGAGCAAGCUCUCCAGGAUGGCCACCAGGCGAGAUACCGGCACCGGCGAGGUGUUGCCGAGGUUGUACACCCGGAGCUGCGCCGGCCCGCGCUUCUUCCCACCGCCGGGCAUGCCGGUGCUCUUCUCGGCGGUGUCGAGGGCCCCCAGGCAGCCCUUUACGACGUCGUCGAUGAAGGUGAAGUCCCGCGCCACCUCCCGCUCGCCGUCGGCGGGCUUGAAGACGGUGAUUUGCUUCCCCUGCAGGAUGUCCUUGGUGAAGAAGAAGUAGGCCAUGUCGGGCCUCCCCCAGGGCCCGUACACGGUGAAGAAGCGGAGCCCGGUGAGGGAGAGCCCGUAGAUAUGGUUGUAGACGUGAGCGAUCUCCUCGCCGGCCUUCUUCGUGGCGGCGUAGAGAGAGGCGGGGCGGUCGGUGCGGUGGGACUCGGAGAAGGGGUUGGCCUCGUUGAGCCCGUAGACGGAGGAGGAAGAAGCCCAGACGAUGGCAGGCUGCGGGUCGGCACGCUUGGCGGCGGCCUCCAGCAGCGUCACGAAGCCGGCGAUGUUGGACUGGAUGUAGGACUGCGGGUUGCGCAUGGCGUAGCGCACGCCGGCCUGCGCGGCGAGGUGCAGGACGUGCGUGAAGGGGACGACGUCGAAGAGCUUGGCGAGGAGGGCAGCAUCGUUGAUGUCGCCCUCCACCACGAAGACACCGCUCUUGGAGAGCAGCACCUGGCGGCCCCGCUUCAGCGAGGGGUCGUAGUAGGCGUUGAAGUUAUCGAGCCCCAGCACGCCGUCGCCGCGCUUCUUCAGGGCCAGCGAGCAGUGGGUGCCCACGAAGCCCGCGGCGCCGGUGACCAGCACCGACAUCCCCCCCGGCCGGUGCGCCGUCGAGGACUGCCGCACCUGGCGCUCCCACGAGGCGCCCCCCACGGCGGCGCCGCCCCCGGAGUAGAGGGACGAGGACAGGAGGCUCCGAUGGGAGGCGUAGGGGACGCCGGAAGAGGAGUGGGAGGAGGACAGCGGGGGAUAGUUGACGGUGAGGAAGAGGACGAGGAUGAGGGCGGCGAGGAGGGUGCUGCGGAAGAUGAGCUUCGACGACGCCGCUAGCAGCUUAGUGCUGUUGACCCGUCGGAGAUAGCUGUUAUACCGCUCCAGCUUUACCGUCUUACUCGUGUCCGGCGGGAACCCCAUCGCCGCCCGCCUCCUGUUCCUGCGAACGGGGACGUGGCUCUCCCCCUUCCUGGCAAUGGGCAGGGGGCGGCGAGAUCCGCCGGAGUGUAGAGGACCGGGAGGCGGUGGCGGCGGCGGUAGAAUCGGCGAUAGGGAAGGGAGGAGGGAGGCAGGGGACAGAUGAGUCUUCCUUCCCCUUCUCUCUCUCUUCCCAAAGAAUGCAGGAGGGGGGGAGGAGGUGGAUAUAA